AUGCUUCCCCUUUACGCAAUUGCCUGUCUGGUCCGCGCCUCUUCGGCGACGCAGAAGACCCCCGAUGUGCCCAUUCCAACCCCUGACUAUUUCCAAACCACCCUCGGUCCCUUUGCAGGUCCCACCAAGGCCGGAGAGGCCGCGUUCCUCGCCCAAACCAGUCCCGUCUUCAACGAGCCAACCUACGUCCCAAACGCACCGUUGGUAACCAACCUUCCCAUAUCGGGCCAGCCCCAUGGCGGCAACAUCUUUUCCCUGAUGGGUACAUUGAGUCCCUACCUACCCAACCCUGUGGGAUUCGGCGUGGAUGAGUACCCACUGCCACCUGGCGCGAAUAUCACGCAGAUGCACAUGGUUCAUCGUCACGGCGCGCGAUACCCGACCUCGGGUUCUGCAACGGGCGAAUGGGCUCAAAAGAUCAUUGGAUUGCGCAAGGACGGGACGCGAUUUACGGGCGAUCUCGCGUUUCUCAAUCACUGGACCUACAGGCUCGGAGAGGCCGAGUUGACCGCACGGGGCCGGCAAGAGUUAUUCGACAGUGGCGUACUGCAUUUCUUCAACUACGGGAAGCUCCAUGACGCCGCGUCGAAAAUCAUAGUCCGCACAACGACGAUGGUGAGGAUGCUGCAGUCUGCGGAGAACUUCCUUAAUGGAUUCUUCGGUCCGGCUUGGACGAAUAAUGCGACGCUCGAGGUCAUUAUCGAGAGUGAGGGGUUCAAUAACUCGCUCGCGGGCAACAAGAUGUGUGAUAACGCUGCCAACGGGAACGGCGCGACAGGCGACCAGGCAAUGGACGAGUGGAUGGCCGUGUACCUCCGAAACGCAACAGAGCGAUUUCGCGGGCAGAUCUUCGGGGGUCUGAGCGCAAACUGGACAGUCAAGGAUACCUAUAAUGCCCAGACCAUGUGCCCCUACGAGACAGUCGCCUUGGGCUACAGCUCCUUCUGCACACUAUUCACGUGGGAAGAGUGGGAAAGGUUCGGGUACAUGACGGACCUGAAGCUGUACGGGAGCUACGGGAUGGCUUCUCCAGUGGGCCGAUCAAUCGGUCUCGGGUACCUCGAGGAGUUGAUUGCCCGGCUGGAAGGCCACCUGCCGAACCCGCCAACGGAUUCCAUCGCAUUAAACAAGACGCUCGAUUCGAUAACGUCGACCUUCCCGCUGAACCAAACUGUCUAUUUGGAUUUCAGUCACGAUAAUGAGAUGUUCUCCAUGUUGACGGCCUUGGGGCUCACGCAGUUUGGCGAGUUCCUACCCUCAACAAAUCCCUCCCGGGACCGUGCACUCGUCGGAAGCCACAUUGUCCCCUUUGCAGCACGCUUCGUGAUCGAAAUCAUCCAAGCGCCAAAGCCCAUCCCCGCGACUAGACUCAACGAUGGAGGAAUUUCCGGUCCUAUAUAUGAGCAAACAGGCGAUGAGACGGUGUACGUACAUAUGCUCAUCAACCAGCGGACUGUGCCACUGGGACGGAGCAUUGCAGCCUGUGGCCAGCGCGAUGAUGGAUAUUGUGAGUUGUCGACCUUUCUACGCGCGCAGCGGGAGAAUAUCGACAAGGCAAACUACGAGGCCAGCUGUUUCGGGGAUUAUAGCCUGCCCGCCUAUGGAGCGAUCAGAGAUGGUGCUUACCCAAGGAAUGUAACAUUCUGA